GGUAAACGAAAGGAAAAUAUGAUAGUAAAAGAUACGACAGUGAUCGUGUAUUACAGUGGUUUGUUUUGAUAACAUAAAACUACGCUAAAUGUUAAGAAGUUGUAACCUAUGACUGAUUUAUAUGACUAUGCUGUGCGUGAAAAGUUGUUUUAAGUUUUGGAUUCGCGUUUGUUGAGUGUGACUUUAAAUUUCGAAAAUAUUUGACGUCCAGAGGAGUCAUCAAAAGAUAAAUCCGAUGAGAUCGGCAAGUAAGGCCGUCAGGGUUUGCAUACGGAUGCCGUGAGCUCUGUCAACGAGAGCGCACGCCGUCGCCGUGAUGAGCACAACCCGCCAAAAUGCGUCGGCGGCCAUUUUAAAUAGGCAACUGACCCGUUUGUCGUCACGAGAUGGCCGGCGUCCGUACAUACAGCCUUCCAGCGCAGCAACGCAUUUGCACCCCUCUGCGUCACUAUGAAAUGUGGAAACACGGCAAGUGGCGACAAAAAUCACCACCAAGGACAAACGCGGCCAUUAGAGUACCCAGAUAGAGAUUGUACAGUGAACAUUCGUAGAGGCCUAAGUGUUACUGUGUUGUGUAAAUAUAGUGGUGUGUAAAUGCUAGAUAUGGCAGGCGAAAGUCGGGGAGCGCGUACGCCGCUACUCGAAUGCGGCGACUAUGCGCAUACGCAUAAGACGGCGACGCCACGCUGCUGUAUAUGGUUGGCUAGCCACGUCAAUGUGAGGAAAUGUGUGGCCGGCAUUAUGCUGCUCUCCGUCCUGACCAUAUUCUUCUAUACGUAUUAUGUCACAAUGCCGCUUACAAGCCUCGUUUGGCGCGAUCGAGUACCGCGUCCGCUAUCGCAGUGCUCGCUGCUUGCGUCGCAGCAGCAGACCGCACGGGACCACCGAUCGGACGCGCGACUACGCAUCGAUGCUAAAGUGCUUGUCAUAGCCGAGUCGUUAUACUCGCGACUGGGACGCGACAUCGCCGAGCUGCUUGUCGCCAACCGAAUACGGUACAAAGUGGAAGUUGCAGGCAAAAGUCUGCCAGUGCUUACCACUUUGGACAAGGGGCGAUACGGAGUGAUUGUGUUCGAGUCGCUGUCGAAAUAUGCAAAUAUGGACAAGUGGAAUCGAGAACUUCUCGACAAAUACUGUCGAGAAUAUUCAGUAGGGGUCGUCGGGUUCGCAACGCCGGGGGAGGAGAGCCUUGUUGGCGCUCAGUUGAAAGGAUUCCCUCUCUUCAUGCAUACCAAUCUAAGGCUUAAGGAUGCAGCUUUAAAUCCAGCGUCGCCGGUGUUGCGGUUAGCUCGCGCCGGCGAAACCGCUUGGGGCUCGCUGCCUGGUGACCACUGGACUGUGUUCAGAGCUAACUCUUCCACAUACGAACCUGUGGCUUGGGCGCUGCGAGAGAAUGAUUAUGGCACUAGCGAAGACCGAAUGCCGUUGGCGACUGUAGUUCAAGAUCACGGGCGUUUGGACGGUGUCCAAAGAGUACUCUUCGGAUCCGGCCUCCAGUUCUGGCUUCACCGUAUUCUGUUUCUGGACGCUCUGAGUUACCUGAGCCAUGGCCAGCUUAGUCUGAGCCUCGACAGAUGGAUACUUGUUGAUAUUGACGACAUAUUUGUAGGUGAACGAGGUACGCGUCUACACGAAGAGGAUGUGUCGGCGUUGUUGGCGUCUCAGACGGCGCUGCAGCGUCUCGUGCCGGGCUUCCGGUUCAACCUCGGUUUCAGCGCAAAGUACUACCAUCACGGAACCAUCUUGGAGAAUCGAGGCGAUGAUGCUUUACUGAAAAACAGGGAACAUUUCAACUGGUUUUGCCAUAUGUGGAAUCACCAACAACCACAUCUAUACAACAAUGUUUCCCAACUCGAAACUGAGAUGACGAUGAACAAACAGUUCGCGAUCGAACACGGUAUUCCAACAAAUUCGUGCUAUUCAGUAUCACCGCACCAUUCGGGAGUGUAUCCCGUACACGAACCGUUGUAUGAAGCGUGGAGAAAAGUCUGGGAUGUAAAAGUGACGAGUACCGAAGAAUACCCCCAUUUACGCCCAGCUAGGCUGCGUCGCGGUUUCCGUCACCGAGGUGUAAUGGUGCUGCCACGUCAAACGUGCGGACUAUUCACGCACACGUUGCUCUUGGAGCGAUAUCCCGGGGGCAGACAGCGUCUCGACCGUUCCAUACAAGGCGGGGAGCUGUUCCAAACGGUCAUCAAUAACCCGAUAAACGUGUUUAUGACGCACAUGUCUAACUACGGCAACGAUCGCUUGGCUCUGUACACCUUCGAGUCCGUCGUCAAGUUCCUGAGAUGCUGGACAAACGUUCGUCUCGCGUCCGCUCCGCCGCUUGCGCUCGCUGAAAAGUACUUCCAACUGAGGCCGGACGAACUGAAUCCGCUAUGGGGAAAUCCAUGCGACGAUAUCCGUCACCGUCGUAUUUGGUCGAAGAGUAAAUGGUGUGACACUUUACCGAAGAUUCUAGUGAUCGGACCACAGAAAACAGGCAGUACUGCGCUAUACACGUUCCUCGCUAUGCAUCCGACUUUAGUGCCAAACUUGCCGAGUCCGACGACUUAUGAGGAAUUGCAGUUCUUCAACAACAACAACUAUUUAAAAGGAUUGGACUGGUAUUUAAAUUUCUUCCCUCCGAGCCAGAGCAAUAACACGCAGAUAACAUUCGAGAAAUCGGCGACUUACUUCGAUGGAGACCUCGUGCCGCGUCGAGCGCAUGCUCUCCUACCAAACGCGAAGAUCAUCGCCAUACUUAUAUCGCCCUCGAAAAGAGCGUAUUCCUGGUACCAGCACAUACGUUCACACGGUGACCCCAUCGCCAACAAUUACACCUUCCACACCGUCAUCACAGCCAACGACUCUAGUCAGAAAUCACUGCGAGAUUUAAGGAACCGCUGCUUGAAUCCGGGAAAGUACAGCCAUUAUCUUGAACGAUGGCUGUCGGAGUACAGCGCUCACCAAGUCCACAUCCUGGACGGUUCGCUUCUACGGACCGAACCGGCGACUGCUAUGAACACGUUGCAGAAGUUCUUAAAGAUACCACAUUUAGAUUAUAACAAGCUUCUUAAAUACGAUGCUAAAAAGGGUUUCUUCUGCCAGGCCGUGAGCAGCGAGAAAACUAAAUGCCUCGGAAAGUCAAAAGGCCGCAUAUAUCCACCAAUGGAGGAUCGGUCGGCGAAAUUCCUCAGACGAUACUACACGCCUCACAAUACGGCUCUGUCCAAACUAUUGGUGAGACUCGGCCGUCCAGUACCACAGUGGCUCAAAGAGGAGCUAACCGCGAAUGGAUAGCGUUUCUUUCAACCUAAAAGGUUGGAAAGAAAAAGAAAAACAAUACAUGGAUUGAUCAAAGUUUGUGUCGUGAAUGUACCGUGAAGAGACGGUUUAGUCCGAGUUAUGAACUGUGGACGUUCGCAAUACGUAAAAUCGUUUAUAAUGUUUCAAUGUGAGAGUAUCCUUGUUGAAAGAUAUCUUUGUCUAUCGAAUCUUGUAUUAUAUUCAGAGUGAUAUUAAAUGAUUUACUGUAAUAUAAUCAUCGUUUCGAUGAUCGGAUGUGUUUUUUUCUAUGUAGAUGGUAAUUUUAUUUUUAUUAUUAGCGUAAGUAUUCAGUGUUCAUGAAAUUAAAUGUUAAAAACUUUGCUUGCCCGAUACCUUACGACUUAGCCAUUUACAGUACCGAUGGUAUUCACAUAUCGGCUUAGGUGCUAUUCGUUGAUUGUUUUAUAUAAAACACAUUUAUAAUAGCAUGAUAUUUUAGUUCGGUGAAAUGGUUAUAACGAGUUUUCUCAGCGAGAAGAAUUGAACGAGCUUGCAAUACGAAAUGAAAUUGUUUUUACGCCGUAGUUAUAUCAGAUUCAUCUCAUUCCACGCGAACGUCAGACACGCUUACUUUAGUAUUUUUAUAUAUACGUACCUGAUGCUUUUUGUACAUUAUAGUUAAUUUUUGUUCGUAUCUAUUUUAUAUCUAGGAGAUUUAUAUUCAAUACUGUAGUCCCUCGGUGCCAUUUAUACAAAUAACUCGUGUUGAUUUAUAAGGCUUGAAAUUAUUUUAUAUCUUUAUUCGUAUGAAAACAUUUGUUUAUAAAUAAAUCACUUUCGAUUUAUUGAAUAUUAUCUGACGCGUUAUUUAAUUAAAAUGCCGUUAAUUAAUACUUAAAAAAAAACACCAUAGACAAUAUUGUCAAUUUCCAAUGGCACUAAACUUCAUAAAGAACAAGAAGCUAGUCCUAUAAUUAAGACAUUUUUUUUUUAACCUGAAAUGCUUUUCUACCCUAAUAAAUAACAUUAACUGGCAACUAGCCUUGUUUUCAAUUAUAAUGUAGUAUAUUAAAUGUACUGUUGUCCCUUUCCUUCCUUCGCUAGGAGAAAAGGAUAGCACCAUUUGACAGCUGUCACAUCAUGUGACAUAACUUAUCCCUAUCGGGUUUUAUUUUAUAUUAAUGCGUGUGAUUGACAAGAACUGACCUCACAGUGAAAUAAAUAGUGUAUUCGGAAUAUAUUUUGAUACGCAUGAAUUUAUUGGCGAGGGAAUGUGGUCUGGAUAGUUACCAGACAAUUUUACAAAACUAUUUGUAAUAGAUAUCGGUACUUAAAACUUACCCUUGUAAAAAAAAUAAACCGAUGAAAUAUUAGAUAAUAUAAAUAUAUUAUAUAACUAAAUGAAAUAAUUGGAUAUAUAAUGUAAAUUAUGAAUGUUUUUAUAAUUACAUAUGUAUAUUAAUUAUAAAUAUAUUUUUUUCUGUUUUUGUCAACAAAGCUUUAUAGAAUUAGAUAUUUAUGUCUACACUUCUGAAGUCUUUGAUGAAUAGCGAUGUUACUUAGAAAACGGCCUUAAGUUUUUUCUCCGAGAAAAUCGGUUCGGUAGAAGUCGAAUUAAUUUUGUACGAUUUUUUUUUUCAUUUAAUGGUACAUAUUAUUGUAAGAAUUGUGGAAUCAAGGAUCUGUUUUUGAGGCUCGUUACAUUGAUUUAGUGUUUUAAUCAUAAUCAAGAUUAUUGUUUAUCAUCAAGAAUAUUUCAGUCUCAUUUCGAAUUAAGUUUUCCGGUAGGUUACGUCAGUGUCUCGCUGCGUAAUGCGAAAUAAGUUCAGGAACUCGUUAAAUUUUUCCCUUUAUAUUUUCAUCGGUUCCAAGAAAAUGUAAUCUCGUCUUUUAAAGAGGCCCCGGUAUACUUAUUUGUAAUAUUUUAUAAUAUAAUUUUUGAAGGCGGAUGACUGUUCUUAAUGUGUUCUGUAUAAGAAAUUAAUACGUCACUUAUUUUAUUAAAUGAUUU